CCAUCGUGUUUUGGUGGUUUUGGUCUGCUUCGUCGUCCUCUUAACCUGUCUUCCGUGCUGUCAUCACUUCGUACCACUUGUCACAACUUAGAUUCUAGCAAAGCCAACUAAUGAUUUUGUACGUGAUUUAAGUACCAUGUGACAUUGAGGUUUGAUUGAUCGUCCGAUGCCUUUUCAACUGAACAUAACACAUUCAGUAGUCAUAGUGAACACUAUAACAUAGAAAGAAAACAUAUCCAUUGAGUCCAUUGAGAGCAAAAGGAUGGCAGAAGGUGGAGGCUCAGUAUUAGAGGGAUUUCUCUGCCCUGUCUGUAAGGCUGACUUCGGUACAGCAGUUAAGUUACUGUCCCACUUUGAGAAAGAACAUAAUGAGGACAAGGAUGUUUUACAAGCGUUUAAAGAUUUAUUUGGCAAAGCAAAGAAGAAAAUAUUGAAAAGUGAUGGUGUUUAUGGAAAUGAAGGAGAAAUCCAAGCUUCUUCCCGAAAAGUUAUGGGCUAUUCACCUAGCUUAUAUGAACCACAACCUAUUGGAGCGGUUCGUUCACAUUCACAACAGUUCUCUGCAGUCCGUAGCCAGCACUUGGAGCAUUAUACUGUUGAAACCAACAAGUUAUUGAUACGUCUAGAUAAAAUACUGAAAGAUUUACCUUCAGAUCCUCUAAAGAGAAAAGCCCAUGAGCAAGAAGUUGUUCCUUGGGUGGAUGAAAAAAUGGUUAGACUCUGUCCAAGUUGCAGCAGAUCAUUUCACCUGACCAGGAGAAAACAUCACUGCCGACUUUGUGGUUUUGUCAUGUGCAAUGAUUGCAGUUACUCUCUUGCUCUUGAUACUGCUAGGAAAAUGACAAGUCCUAUAUCUCAAGUUGAGCCACAAACCGAACUUCAAGGUUCAUCAUUACCCUCUCAAAAAUUAAAACGAUCAAACUCUAACUCCAGUCUUAACUCAGUUUUGUCAUUAGUUGAAGGAGUUCACCAAAUAGACACUGGUUUACGUGUCUGUAAAGAGUGCCUUCAUCUUUUAGAGAGCAGAGAAGCAUUGAGAGAGAGUAGGGCAGCAAGACCCAUUUUGAUACAAUUUUAUGAGCGUUUAAGGACUUACAUGCAAGACGCCAACCAGUUUCUUCCCACAUAUAUUAAGAUGUGUAACUCAAUAAGCUGUGGAGAAUCUACAUAUCAACUUAAAGAAGCUCAAGCAUUAUGGGCUAAAUUGCUUCGGCUUGCUGAAAACAUUGAUUCACUUAGCAAAAAGAUUUUAGUAUUGGGAAGUGCUGAUACUGAAAAUCCUCCUAGAGGCAGAGCGUUACAGCUUCAGCAACAAAUCAGAGCAGCAGCCACUGCAUUUCUUCGCAAUGAGAUGUUAGGCCUUCCAACAUUACCAACGGAGGCAAAAUACUUGGAAAUGCAAGAACAGCGCAGACAGGAACUUAAAGCUCGAAUACAACAGGAACAAUUGGAAGCCCAGGCUUCAUUGCAGCUCCAAAAGCAAAAAGUGAGAGAAAAGGGACGAGACAAACAGACAUUUGAUAGAAAUCAUGUGAAUGUCCACCAAGAUACAGUCCUGCUUGAUUCUGGGUGGACUCCUGAAAAAGCAAGGCUUUUUAACUCAGACGACCCUAUGGUACAGCAGAUGAAUAAUCUAAAGCAUUACAUAAAGGAGGCAAAAUUAGCUCAAAGAGUUGAUGAGGUUGAGGCACUUGAGAGAAACCUAGAAGAAUUACAAGAAGAAUACUGGAGACAACAAGAGCAGAAACGACAGGAAACUGCAAGCUAGCUUCUAUUUUGUUGAUGCAUAUGCUAGUGCAUGAUAAAGACCAUCUGAUCAUGUACAACUGUGUUGCCUGUUUCGAAACGAUUGCAUUUUGGAUAUUAUGAAUUAUAGGUAUUGUUUAAGAGAAUUGAUCUCCAUACCUUGAACUGAUUUUCUUUAAUAUUCGUCUAUUUCUCUUGGCUGCAAAGUCUCUGUUGUGAGUGGCUGCUCCAAUUUUCAAUCAAAUGGAGAAAGUAAAUAUUCCCUUUUUUUUAUUUUUGUUCAAAUUCACUAACAAAUGUAGUCUAUAGAGCACUUCUAUUGAAAACUGUAUGCACUCAUUAAAACAUUCUUCUUGGUGAAAACUUAAUAUACUGACUGUUUAAGGAGGUUUUAUUACUGACAUGUUCUUGUUUCUUAUAUCCAAGAUCUUCAAUUUUAAUUUCUCUUGGAUAUGACUGAAAAAAAAAAAUUCAGACUUAGCAUUGAUGUAUUUCACUGUUAGUUCAAACUUUUCAAACAUUCAGUUAAAUUUAAGUCAGUUACCUCAUAACUCCUUCUUGCUAUCUUAGGGAAUUGACCCCACAUUUCUGAUGUAUUGGCAAGAGAAAUUGCCUUGUUCUUUGAUUGAUCAUAAACCUUUUCAAUGUGAUUCUGAUGGGGAAAAAUAAAAAUAUAUUUAACAGUAA